GUCGUAAACUCUUGUUGCCAUGGACUUUUUUUCCGUGAGACAGACGGCAGUUCACAAUGGCGGCAUUCGGCACAGAGCGGUGGUUGAAUGACUUACCAAACCAUACUCUUUUCCAAAAAAUACGAGAGAAGUUGGAUUUGGAACCUAGCUCAAAUGAAAAAGGGAUCGCUAAAAACCUCACCUUUUGUUUGGGUGGGGACUUGUUCGUCUGGGACGACACAGACCGCGUGUUUUACACGACCAACUUGCGACAGCUAAACACGGAUGAGAGUCGCAGUAGCGGGAACUAUCAGACCUUGCUCUGCAUCAACCCUCCUCUCUUCGACCUGUGCCAGGUGUUGGUAAGUCCAACUCAGCACCACGUCGCGCUUGUUGGGCAGCGGGGCGUCUCGGUGCUGGAGCUUCCUCAGCGGUGGGGCAAGAGGUCCGAGUUUGAGGGCGGACGGAGCGAAAUCAACUGCAAGACCAUCCCGGUGGCUGAGCGCUUCUUCACCAGCUCGCCAUCGGUGAGUCUGCGACAGGCCGCUUGGUACCCCAGCGAAACCGACGAGCCCCACCUGGUGCUGCUCACAUCCGACAACGCCAUCAGGUUUUAUGGCUUGAAGUCGCCACAGACGCCGGCCAAAGUCCUGUCAGUGUCACAGUCGGAAGAUGACAGUAGCAGCCAUCGUCCGGUCCGCUCCUAUGCUGCAUCUCUCGGAGAGAUAGCAGUGGCGUUUGACUUCGGGCCGAUUUCGUCGCCACUUCGGCAGCUGUCUGGAAAGGGCUCCAAAGACCAGCUGGUCUACCCUCUGUACAUCCUCUACGAAAAUGGGGAGACCUAUGUGAGCUACACGAGCCAUGCAAAUGGAGUGUGUCUAACUAAGCCCUCUGGACCCCUCCCCAUGUAUCCCGCAGCAGAAGAUAACUAUGGCUAUGAUGCUUGUGCCAUUCUCUGCCUGCCAAGUGUGCCAAGUAUCCUGGUUAUCGCCACAGAAACGGGCACGCUGUACCACUGUGUGGUGCUGGACUCUGAAGAAGAGGAAGAGACGGGGGCAGUGGAGAAGUGGAUCCGAGGCACAGAGGCAGUGCCAGCUCUCUAUGUGUUUGAGUGUGUUGAGCUGGAGCUUACCCUCAAAGUCGCCACAGCAGAGGAUGAAGAGCCUCAAGAGUUUGAUUUCACCUGCCCAAUCAGACUGCACAGAGACCCCCUGUGCCAGCACAGGUAUCACUGCACCCACGAAGCAGGAGUGCACAGUGUGGGACUGAUCUGGGUCAACAAGCUGCAGAAGUUCCUCCAGUCAGGUGAGGAGGAUAAGAACAAUCUCCAGGAGCUGGCUGCUGAGAAGCGCUGUAUUGUAGAGCACAUUCUUUGUACCAGACCACUCCUAACUAGUCAGUCGGCUCCGGUUCGUGGCUUUUUGAUUGUGUCUGACCUCUCCUUGGGCGCCACCAUGAUCUGCAUCACCAGCACCUACGAGUGCAUCCUGUUGCCCCUGCUGAGCUCCAUUCGUCCUCCCUCCCCUCCCCUGCUCUGUUCACAUCCAGGUCCAGGCUCUGGUAGCUCCCCUCUGCGUGGGCUGGCCGACGAUUCUUUUGAGCAACACAUCCGCAACAUCCUGGCACGUAGCUCCACCAACCCUCUCGUACUUAAGGCUGGGGACAAGGACACUUCACCUCCACCUCCCGAGUGUCUGCAGCUCCUCAGCAGAGCCACACAGGUCUUCCGUGAAGAGUACAUUCUCAAGCAGGACAUGGCCCGUGAAGAGCUGCAGAGAAGGGUAAAACUCCUGACAAGCCAGAAGAACAAGCAGCUGGAAGAGUUGACUCUGUGCAGGGAGGAGAGGAAGAGUUUGAGAGAGGCAGCAGAGAGGUUGGCUGAUAAGUACGAAGAUGCAAAGUAUCGGCAGGAAACCAUUAUGAACGGGGUUAAAAAAGUGCUGGGCAGCCUGCAAAGCCAACUACCGAUACUGUCAAACAGUGAAAAGGAUAUGAAGAAGGAGCUGAAGACCAUCAGCGAUCAACUGAAACACCUGGACAACUGCAUCAAACAGGUGAACAUGAAGAUGGACUACCAGAAGACACAAGUGGAUAAAGAUGUGCCUGCAGACAGGACAACUGUCUCACUCAACGUCCACCAGAAGAAGGUUGUUCAGGAUGUCCUCAGAGAACAGGGACAGCAAAUCGGUGACAUGAUGAAACAGAUCAAAGACAUCAAAAGCCAUUUCAGUUUCUAAGCGCUUCAGAAAACAGGAAAUAAUGUAGUGAAAAUAAUGAACAUGCUUGUUCGUCUACAUAAUAUAAAAUGUACCUGUGUGAUGAGAAGCUGGGAUGAGUGCUUUCAUCAUGACUUAAUGAGCCAUGUGUGGAAUGGGUAUUUGAAUCGAAAGAUAUUUUAUAUACGCUGAUAUAACUUAACCUUUGAUACUACAUGUUGUGUGUUCCUUAACAGGGAUAUGAUGGAUUUGCCUUCAUGUCUUGAAUAACAUUUAGCAUAUUUCUUACGUCAGUGUUUCUAAAUGUUAAGAUAUGAGUCAGUUAUUUAGUCAGGGCAAAAUAUGCCAUGUAUAGGCAAGAAAAAUGGGAAAUAUCUUGAACUUUUCAACAUGGUUUGCUAACUUUGUGAAUUAAUAAUAAAAUCAAAGUUCUCUGUAA